UACCUCCUUGGUUCCUGUAGAGGGCAUUGUGGCUCCACCCACCCCAAAGAUGGGCUCUUAUAGAGCCUUCCCAUAAAGUAGCUGGUCUCCAUCCAAGCCAGACACCCUGCCACUUUGUCAUAUCGCUCCCUCUGCCUCCUCCCCCUGGUAUUCCUGCAUUGCCUGAAGUUGCCCUGCUGGAAGUCUCUCAGGUGAGCAUGGUGGACACCCCAGUAAUGGCCCCUACCGUCCUCGCAGCGGCUCACCUUCACAAAGCAAUCAUUGACGGACAAGUUGUGCCGGACACUGUUCCUCCACCCCGGACCCCGCCUCCUGAGAGAGCCCCAUGGAGUUUAUGGAACAGCCAGGACCUUCUGGGGCCUGUAACCUCUUAGGAGUACCAGGCCUCAGCACCUUGGACGUGGAUGACGAUGAGGGCGAGGUGGUGAUCGGCAUCAGGCCCAAAUCUUCGCCUCUCCCGCGGCGAAGGAACUCUGUCUCUGACGAGGACUCAGAGCCUGAGCCUCCCCUGUGUGGCUCCAGGAGAGUGUCCUUUGCAGAUGCCAAAGGCCUCAGUUUGGUGCACGUGAAGAAGUUUGACUCUUGGGAUGUACCCAAGCUGCCAGGGUAUGACUCUUCUGAGGGCAAAGGUAAAGAUGCAGAGGAAUACUUCCUAUCUCCUCUUACUUUCUACCUUCCAUUAUCUACUGAGGAGCUGUUUGACAAAGUCCGGGAACAAAAAGUGGAGUUGGAGAGCAUUGAGUUACUUCCAGGGACCACAAUACUGAAAGGAGUGAUCCGUGUCCUUAAUAUCUCCUUUAGUAAAGCAGUAUAUGUCCGAAUCACUUUGGACUCCUGGUCCAGCCACUUUGAUCUCCUGGCAGAGUACAUCCCCGGUUCCAGUGACAGUCUGAUGGACUGUUUCUCGUUUAAGCUCACCUUAGUGCCCCCAUUUGGAGAGCAGGGAGCCAGAGUUGAUUUUUGUCUGCGAUAUGAGACUUCAGUAGGGACAUUCUGGACCAACAAUAACAACAGAAACUACGUGCUGUUCUGCCAUCAGAGAGUGAAAGAGAGGAAAGAGAAACCACAGAAGGAAAAUGUGAACAUGAAAAGCUGCCUUAAGACUAUCAGUCAGAAAUUCUCCACCGUGGAAAACAUUUCAGGAUUGGAGGCUUCAUUUCAACAAAACAACAAAAAUAUUUCAACAGAUGUGUCAAAAAAUGGACAGGAAGUGGACACUACAAAAGCCACACAAAUCUCGGAUUGCCAGUCAGGAACAUCAGAGGAAGCUGAACAGAAAUUACUAACUGAGAGCAGACAGAACUACAGCCAAAGAAGUCGCAGAAAGGCUAUACGGAUGACUCAGCUGAGGGACCACUUUGCUGAAAGAGGUGGAGGAGGAAAUGACACUGAAAGAGAUGAAUCACCUCCAGCAGUAAAACAGACAGCUCAAGAGGAAACCCAAGAAGAAAAGCAUACAGAUCUGCAAUCUUUUUCUGAGUUGAGCAGCAAAUCAGAAGAUUCUGAGUUUGUUUCUAAAUCUCUGGAAACAUGCAGCGAAUCCGUCCCUGCUGUCCUACAUUAUACAUCACCAACACACGACUACACAUCCAACAGUGAGCCAGAGAAAUCUGAGAGCAUCAAUCUGGCUGACUCAGCCACAUUAACAGGAGGUGAGAGUGCCACAGAUACCCCAGACAACCCAUUGCAUUCAAAUGAUGAAAUUGGUCCAGCAGAUUGCCAACAUAUCAACAAGUGUGUCUCUAAAGUUGAGGAAAGAAAUCAGAGGCAAGGCGUGUGUUAUGAAUGUACUAGAAACAUUGCAGUGGAACCAUAUGACAGUGUUAUUUCAGCAGUGAGUAGCGAAAUCCUUGUUAGCCAGACCAGCAGCUUCACAUUUGGAACUGUGGUGGCUCCGCUGUAUCAUCAGGUGUUUGGAAGAGUGGGAAGUGAAAGUCAAAGUGCAGGUGAUUGGGGAAAUCCAGUACAGGCUACAUUGAAUGUUGUAGAUUUAACUCAAAGAUACGCUCACACUGAAAGAAGAGAGACCAGAUGCACAGUUCCAACAAAAGUUAUUGGUAAAGCUGACAAAGUUCAAGGAAAUGUGAUAAAGACUCAGAAAUCAAACCAAGAAUGCCUAGAUGCCACUCUGAGUAGUCCUCCUAUUGUAGAAGAAGAAACAAGUUUGAGUGUAACAGCAAAUGAUAUCCUGGACCCUGCAGACACUCUGCAGGAUGCAGUUGAGAUUAUAUAUUCAGGCCAGAGACACACAAAUACACCUGAGGUUCCAAAAACAAUUUCAGGAGACACAGAAGCACAGCCACACACUGUAAACACUGUUAAUACAGAUUUGUUGAAUCUGCAAAUAACCACUGAGAGUUUACAUCUCCAGGGAAAAGCACAGGACAGCAGUCUAACCCGUGACCUGCAAAGCCAAACCACAGCAGAAACAGCACAGGCUCAACUGCCAGAACACGCAUGUAAAAACAUUAAAAAUAAUCUAGUGGAACCAGUUGCACAAAAGGAAAUGGAAGAAGUCCUGACCUGUCAAGAAACCUCAUUUGUGUCACUUCAACUUUCUCAGAGUGUAUCAGAGCAUGUUAGUGAUAAGACUGUUCAACAUGCCAGUGGUAGUGGAGCAAACGAGUGUGUUGUAACUAAAUCAACAAUCAAUGGCAUUACAGAGGAGGAUAAACCAUUAGAAACUUUACAUGAUUGGGAUCCUAACCAAAACAAUAAUUCAGUUACUAAAGAAACUGAGAACAGCUAUAUUUCUGUUUUUGAAACUGGGGAGAGAAAGGAUGUCACAACAUUACAGAUGUCUCUUGAAACUCAGGAAGAAACUAAUAAUGUGGAAGGAGGAAAUACAGUGGUGGACAAAACACAUUCACAUGAAACAAAACACUCAGGUGAUAUUAAGAUAACUGGUGAGGUAGCUGAGUCAAUGAUGAGUAACAAUCACAUACAUGGUGAAUUGUUAAUAGAGCUCAAAGAUGAAGACAUUUUAAAAGAUAAAACAAUUAUUGUUUCAGAAAAAAUAGAUCAUCAUGAAAUGGAGGCUGUCGUCUCAAAACAGGAGGAUUCUUGUUUAGCAGGCACUACUGAGGUAAACUGGGAAAUGAUGGUUGAAGAAGAGGAGAAAAACCUAUUAACAGAUGAAGAGGAAAGCAAGGCACUGCUUUUAAAUACAGAGGACACUAAAGCAUUGAAGAAAUGCCAAGGAGAACAGUUAGAGGAGGCUUGGAUAGAGACAGGAUUAGAAAAAACAGAGAUAGGACAAAAGAAAACAGAAGAUGAAAUCGUGGGGGAGAUCACAGUUGCAAGAGAGAAAGAGAACAAGGCUGAUGAUGCAGAUGUUUUAGUGGACAAGCAGAGGAUUGGAGAGGAAGGAAUUGUGGAGAUUGUUGCUGGAAACUAUAGGGAAGAAUUAAAAAAAAAAUUACAAUACAUUCAAGCUACAAAGACGAAAAAGACACUUGGAGAAGAAGAACAAGUUGAGGAGUUUGAAGUAGAGAAAAGAGAUGAACAAGAGAAGACAGAGUUAGAGAAAGAAAAACACUUUGAAGAGAUACGAGAGGUCAAUAUUGAACGUACAAAUGUCCAAGAAGAAGAGGAGAUUGAGGGGAAGGAAGAAAUGGCAAAGGACCUGAACGAUGAUGAGGAAGCAGGUGUGGAAUGGGAGGAUCAGGUAAAUCCAAGGGAGGAAAACAAUGAAGAGCAGAAUCCAGAUUACAAGGAGGAAAUUCUAGUUUAUGAAAAAGGAGAGUCAGAGAUUGUAGAUAAUGAGUCACAGAGCAGGACAACAGAGAACGGGGGAAAUGAAGUGGAGUAUUUUGAGGAGAGGUUAGACAUUCUCCAAAACAAGGUUGAGGGUGGUUUAUCCGCUCUGGUGAACAAUGUGCAGGACAAGAGAGUAAUUGACAUAGAAAAUACAGGAGAAGGGCAAAAUGCACACCUCCCAUCUGAAAUGCAUCUUUACAAAGAUGAAGAUUUUCAAAGCAACGAGAAUGUUACACAUGACCGAUCAAAAGCAGCGAUAGAUGAGAACGAUUCCGCUGCUGCUGAGGCAGGUCCAAGCAUUUUUGCAGAUGAACCUGAAAGUGACCAAAAAGGCCACGACAGUGCUUCAGCAGAGUCUGACUCAGACGAUGAGGUGGAGUUGUACAUGCACUGUCUGAGGGCUGUUCACACUGGGGCACAGGCCCAUAAAGACAGGAACAAAGAUACAGGUUUUAGUGUGGGGAGAAGGCCCUCUGUAAGCAGAAGUAAACCGCUGUCCUCUCCCAUGCCGCCCAUCAGUGAGUCUCUGGAUGAAGAACAACACCUCAGUUGCCUUCAGGACAAUCAUGAAGACACGGAGACAGAAGACAUCCACCCCACAGCUGCAGCUCUGCGAGCGUCAAGUGGACAGGAGAGCCUCAACAGAAGUGUUUCGUGGUGGAUAGAGUAUUUUUCCUGCAGCAAUAUCUCAAAAACAUUGUUAUACGCCACCUUGUUAGUGAUAUUUUUAGUUGUGGCCUACUAUUAUGAUUUUCUUGCUUGUUUUGGGCUCUACUUGAUAUCAAUGAUUUGGCUCUGCUGUCAAGGAGAGAGGCAGCCAGUUAAAAACAACAACAGAAUAGGGUGAAUUAUAUUGCAAAAAUCUCUUUCAGUUGUGUGUUAUUAUUUACCAUGGAUUUCUUAGGGUUAUAAGUGAACAAGGUGCUGGCAUGACACAAUUGUCUUUAGGUUUAGUAGAUAUGGAACUCCUUUUUUGCUACAUACAAUUAUUGAUUGACAUAAUUAGUAAUGUUCAAUAGAAGAAAUAGAAGAAGUAGAAGAAGAAAAAACAAACAGUGAAUGACGGGCAUUGAUUUGAAAUAUAUAUGACACAUAUCAGAAAAAAUGCUGUAUAUUCCCUAUGGGAGGAUAUUAACUCUCUGUUGUCAAGAGUAUGAACCAAUUUUCUUUAUGUUUUUCUGUACAGUAAACGUAGCAUCGACUCAGCCAACAGGCUGCGGACCAUUUCUCACACUGAUCAUUUCUGCAGAGCCUUAAUGCAUUUUGGAGGUGUAAAUGAAACUCAUCACUGUGCUGUGUGUAUGAAUACCACUUAAAAAUCCAUGUAUUUGUGUAGAGUAAAUUUAGUUUUAAGUCUGUAAUGAAU